AAAACGCAAAUUUUAAGUAUAAUAACGCUUCUUCCUCAAUUUCGAUCAAAUCACGUUGCUUUUACUUUAGAUUAAACGGCGGCUCUUUAAAAUUUCAGUUUUUUUGUUCCUUCAAGAAGAGAGAAAUAGGCAAGUAGGAUUUUACUCAAAUCGGAUCUUGUUCAAAUCCGUGCAUACAAAAAACCCCUAAAACACGGUAGAAUUCCGGCUGUCACUCUCCAUGGAGACGCUCAAAUCUCUUCUUCCGGAUGACCUAAAGCUGCUUAUCGGCCAAAGCACUUCAGAAAACCUCGACCUAACUUGUUCUUCACUUAUGAAAUCCUGCCAACUUCUGCCCCAGUUUCAGAGAGUUAUUGGACAAUUAACUGGUGGAGCGGCUCUUUGUCGGAAGAGUAAGGAGUCAGCUUUGGAUUGGAAGAAGAAAGGAAAUGAAUGUUUCUCAGAGGGAGACUAUGCUAAAGCUUUGACCUUUUACUCGAAGGCAUUGCGGUAUGCACCAAUGGACAUGGAUGGUAUGGAUGAUAAGUUAGUUGGAACUCUUUAUGUUAAUCGUGCAUCUGCACUAUAUAAAAUUGGACUUUUUGAAGAAUGCAUACGAGAUUGUGCUCGAGCAAUUACAAUUUAUCCUGUUUAUUCAAAGGCUUGGUACAGGAGAGGGAAGGCAAAUGCUUCACUCCAACGGCAUGAAUCUGCAAUAUGUGAUUUACAGAUUUCUUUGUUUAUGGAAGGUUCUGUAUCUGGGAAAAACCAGAUAAAGGAAGAUAUUCAGUUACUAUUACCUCAUCGCAGUAAGGCAACAAAUGAGUCAGAUUAUACAAAGAAAAAUGAGAAAUUACAUGCUGUUUUAGCCGAUACUAAGCUGCAUUGCGUUACAACACCAGAUAAAGGCAGAGGAAUGGUCUCUUCAAAUGACAUUCCUGCAGCUUCAUUAAUUCACACCGAAGAACCUCUUGCUACGAUUAUUACAAAGUCUUGCCGGGAAACACAUUGCCAUUUUUGCUUCAAUGAAGUUCCUACAGAUCCUUUGUUCUGCAGAUCAUGCACAAUACCACUUUACUGCUCCGAGCAUUGCUUAGAACAAGCUGUGGGCUGUAACUUUGUCAGGAGCAAUGAUUUUUCUAAUUUUCAGAAUAAUUUAUCAGUAGAACUUUGGAAAUAUGCUACAGAAAGCAUCUCACUAUAUCAUAGUGCUCGUGAAAAUGGUGGUGAUCUGCCUGAACAUACUCAUGAAUGUGGGGGCGCACACUGGCCUGCUGUUUUACCACCUGAUGUAGUUUUAGCUGGUAGAGUCAUGAUGAAGUCCAUUGAGAAGAGAAAACUUUCUGGAGGAUUGGAUAAGAAUAUUGAAACUUUGGAUUUCUCUUACAGUUAUAACAAAAUUCCUCCUGAUCACAAGUUGGAGAUGCAUCUAUAUGCCCUGGUUUUGGCUUGUUGUCUUCGCCAUUAUUUGCCAUCUCUUGAGACUUCUAUUUCCAAGUUUGUUUUGCUGAUAUCCCAGAUUAAGGUGAAUUCUAUGGCAGUUGUGCAUAUGAAAUCAUCUGAUGAGCCUGAUUUGUCGAAAAAAUCAUCAGACCUCUCUGCAAUUGGAAAUGCUUUUACUUCUACUGUUGAGCAGGUAUGUUUCUUCUUCUCUUCCGUAACUUUUUAACUUAGCGCAAAUGAA